AUGGAGCCGCGCGCGGGGGGCGCCACGGACCCUAAGGGGAGCAGAGGAGGCCGUGGCCUUCCCCCGCCCGCGGGCCCCAGAGCCCGGCAGUUCCUGGCGCGGCUGGACGCACGCCCCCUGGCGGCCCGAGCUGCGGCCGACGUGGCGGCGCUGGUACGCCGGGCCGGCGCCACAUUGCGCCUGCGCCCCAAGGAGGCCAUUAGCGUGCUGGAUUCUGCGGACAUAGAGGUCACAGACAGUCGCCUUCCUCAUGCCGCUUUCGUGGAACACCGGCCCCAGCCUGGCGACCUCGUGCUCCACAUCAAUGGAGAGUCAACUCAGGGCCUCACCCAUGCCGAGGUCAUGGAUCGGAUUCGCGCAGGCGGUCCCCGGCUCUGCCUUGUGCUAAGCAGGCCUCCUCCUGAGACCCACCCCGGCAAGCCUGAGGGGGUGGGAGGGCCCUGGAAAGAAGAUGUCUUGCCAUCCCCAGAUCGCAGUGCAGAUCCUGGGGGACCAGAGGUGACGAGGUCUCGCAGCUCCAGCACUUGUGCACUUCAGCACCCUCGACCCCGUACGACGCCCCAAACCCGGGGCAGCCCGGAGUCUAGCCCAGGAGUGGCGGACGACCCCGCGGUUCCUCCUCCUGAGGGCCGCACAGAGGACCCCAACGACCACAUCCCGGAUUCCCCUGGACCCUGGCUGGUGCCGAGCGAGGAACGGCUCUCGCGAGCCCUAGGGGUCCCGGGGGGCGCGCAGUUAGCCCUGGAGAUGGCAGCCGGAAGGCGGAGGCACUGAGCCUGUAGCAGAUGGGUCACUUGGUACUGCCCAACCUGGAUCUGGCGUGCUCCGCCCGCCGCUCACUAGCAUCUUGGGGAGAGCUUCCUUCGUCUUCUCCCCCCUCCUGCUUCGCAGUCGACCAGCCCUCGCUCCCCUCGAGGCGUCAGUGGUACGGCCCUCCCGGGCUGGCCAGCCCUGCGCUUCUUGCUUCGGGCGGGGGAGGUAAUAAAAUGGUUCAAUCCAGUCUUAACGUGCCAGGUGCUCUAGGCCGG